AAUCCCAGACGCCGCAUUCGAUAAAAUGGACGCUAACGAAGUACUACGUAAAUUUCAAGAAUUCGAUAAAGAUAAGAACGGCUUCGUUUCCGUUUGUGAAGCGGAGACUAUUCUUAAGAAAGAAUUGGGUUUUACAGCAGAAAGUACGAGAAAACUAGUUGAACAGUAUGACAAGAACAACGACGGACGAUUGUCUUAUGAAGAGUUCAUUUGGUUUUAUUGGAGAGUUAAGGAGAGGAAAGACGAUUUGGUCGAGAAAUUCAAGAAGAUUGAUAAAGAUGGUUCGCAAACGAUUUGCUUCGAGGAGGCGAGGCAAGUGCUGAAGGAUAGCGAUUUUUCCGAUGAGGACAUUAAGCAUCUAUUCGCUCUGCAUGAUACCAAUCAGGAUGGUGUUCUCCAAUUUGAAGAAUUUCUUCAAUUUUGGCAGAAUAUCGAAAGAGUCAAGUAGAGAGAAAAAAAGAGAGAGUAACAGCAGUAGAGAAGGAAAAAGAACUUUACAUCUCAUAGAGGAGAAAGACGGAGGAGGAGGAGGAGGAGGAGGAGGAUAAAUAAUUCUUUUUCCAAAUUACCAAAAAUCUCUUUCUUCGAUUUUUUGUUUAAUUAUUUUUUUCUUUUAUUUUUUUAAAUUAAUACUUUUUAUCUCUAAAAGAUAAAAAUUCUAGAUAUUUGUUUCUUUUUAUCUCAGUGUGUCCUACAGAUUCUGACGUAUUAGAUUAGGUAGCGGAUUAUGAAUAUGCAAAUUGGUAUAUAAAAGUUUUUUUCUCCCAAAUAAAUCGUCUAAAACCUGGUGUUACCCUUUGAUUAUUUAACAACCUUUAACAAUUUCAAAUCUUCAUGUAUUGUUCAGAUUUUUCAUUCCAUUUUAAAAUAUAAUGAAUUUAAAAGAGAAAGAGUGUUCCAGUAUUUAAAAAACAAAACAAAUUCACUCUAUAAUUCCAUUAUAAAUCGAUUAAUGACUAGAAUUGUGCAGUAACAUGGAAAAAGUCGUAAAAAUACAAAUAAACUAAAAAAUAUAAUAAUAACAAUAGCCAUAAUAAAGAAAGUCCACUCGUUAGUUGAGUUAUUUUUAGUCAUGGUACAUUUGACUGUUUACACUGUCUAUCUCUCUAUCUCUCUCUCUCUCUCUCUCUCUCUCUCUCUCUCUCUCUCCCUCCCUCCCCUCUCUCUCCUUCUAUCUAUCUCUCUCGCUCUCUGUCUGUCUCUGUCUCUCUGUCUCUCUGUCUCUGUCUUUUUUUUUCUCUCUCUCUCCUCGGUCCGUCUCUUUUUUUGAUAUGGACUAUAAAAAGAGAUGGUAGAAUUAAACUGAAAAUGAGAGACCCUAUAUGCAUUUUCUAUGUAAAAAGGUCGGUGCAAAAGACACUUUUUAUAUGAACUAAUUGGCAAUAUUAUAGGAUAAUCUUCGUUGUAAUUAGUAAAUUCUAUUAAUAAUUUACUCAAGUAAUAUUAACCCAUUAAAGGAAGCGUUUUAUCUAAAACGAUACAAGGAGUAAAGUUGAAGGAAACUUCCCGCCCAUUCCCCUUAAUAGUCCAAAAAAUCUAUAUAUUUGGGGGAGGGCAGAUAAGUGAAAUUUGCAUGAAAGAUAUAAGCUUCUUCUUCCUUUACUUCCUUCCUUUCGUAUUCGUUUUAAAGAUAUUUGGGUAAAAUCUCUUUACAUUUCCCUUUCGGAUAGACCAAAUGCAAAAUAACUUUCUUCAUCGUCAUGGAAAAUAUUUUUACAGAAUUAAAUUAUCCGACCCACCCUCGAGCUUGUAUAACAUACGAGUCGGACGCAAAUCAAUAUGAAUAAAGUUCGUUAUACCUAAACAAGGCCAUUUUUUUAACGGUCCCUCUAUCUGUCUAAUGAACAGAGACUAAAUUUUAUUUCUUGCCUCCCCACUUUUCCCUUUAUCUGAAUGAUUUAGUAAUUUUAUUUUUUGAACC